CCUCCCAUUCCAGGCUCGAGGCAUAUAAACCUCAGGAAUUCAGAGACACUCCAGCAGACUUCGAAGUUGGUCCAAUAGUACUUUUCAGGAUGACAGUGAUUAUUCUACUCCUGUUGGUACUUGCGUUUAGUUUUUCUGACGCCGAGGACAAUGAGCUGUUCUCCGUGAUAAGCACCCCCCCUGAGAAGGGCCAGAGUGUUUUACCCGACCCUGGCCAGAACCAGAGCACAAGGCUAGGGGCCAAAGACCCCUCUCUCACCAUCAACGAGCCCCUGGAAAAGAGCAGCAAAGCUGGGGACCCCAAGUACGCCCUCCACCCCCUUCCCUCUGGGGUCUGGCCCAAGCACAGUGACCCUCGCCCCGGCCCCCACAACAAGAGCAAGAAGGGCCCUAAAAAUGACCGCCUGAUCGAGCACAACAGCGAGAAGAACCGCGGCGAGGCCAGUCUAGCACUUCCCAAAACACCACUUACCGCUGCUACCAACCGCACACAAAAAGUAAACGUGGACCCUUACCGAGACCCCCACACUUACUUCAACAACCCCCCGCAGAUUGACCCGGACAGUCACCCCAACUCCAGACCCAGGGGCCACCCCCACAUUCACCCAGCCACCUCCCCUCGCAGGGACCCCCCAACCAGAAAGCUGGACCCGGAGGAGAAUCGCCCUGGAGGGAAGUCCAGUCUGUACCAGUCUGGCGGCGCCAACCGGAAUAACAGCCGCUCAUCUGUGCUCCUCAACCGUCGCUCCUCCAGCCUGCUCUACCACUUCGACAUCCUGAAACGAGAGUCUGACUUCACUCACGAGGCCGUCUGCAUGAGUGAGUGCAGGAAGGAGAAGGAGGAGAGAGACCACUACUGCUACAGUGAAUUUGCCGUCAAUGGGAUCGUUCAUGACAUAGACAUGGUGCGUAAGGGGAUUAGACUCAUCACACUGAUGGUGAGCAGCGAUGGCUUCUACAAGAUGAGCCGUCUCUACGUCACUCCAGACAGCUUCUUUCUCAAAGUGCGUCUCCUAGUCCUGGACACCUACAAAUGUAGCAAGCCUUGUCCUGACAUCAAACUAGGUAGCCGGUACAUUGUAAUGGGCCAGAUCUACCACCGGAGGCGCCACCUUCCCAAUGACCUUCUGGCCCUGCUGGGGGGCAAACUGAAGCCAGGCGACGGCCUCCUGCGCAGCAACAACUACGUCAAGCGCUUCAACAAGAGGAGACACCAGAAAGCCCUGGAGGCUACCCGCUCCAAGUGUAGGUGAAACCAAAACACACUAUCGCCCCCUGCAGCGGUGGAAAAGACAUUGCAGCCGUCAACAUGAAGUGACUGUGACCUAUAACCCUACAGCAUUUCAGCCGCGACGUAGAUGGACGAGGCCAAGGUGUUGUUGUUUUUUUACGGCAUGGACCUCCUGCACUUGUUUGUGUCAUAAUCCAGGUUGAGUGGUAAUGUUUUUGCUUGUCUGUCUGUACAGUCUUUGCCGUGUAGCUUUGGGUCCUCUUUGAUAGAAGACACAAGUGGAGUCUAUAUCAAAGGUUCUCGUCUUCAAACCUCUGUUUGAAGUGUUGCCCCAUUUCCUCACACUGUUGCUCUCUGUUAUUGUGCAUGAGCAUUUAGUUGGAUAGAGGGCACACUUAACAAAGGUAAAAGAUGAGCUCUCUAGUAUAUCUCUUUGUUCAUAAGUCUUCUAUACUCAUUUAUUAAGAUGUCGUAGUACUUCAAAUGAUAAUUUGUUUCAUGUCUGGUACAUGAAUCGGUCAGAUCAGUGCAUCCCUCUUAUUGGUUUCUUUUACGAUUUCAAUAUUCUGCCAGCGAACCCAGAGUUCUGUUUCAAUGGAAUAAUUUAGGUAGACAUUUUCAUUGGCUAAUUCGAUGUAACACAACUUUUCAUCAGAAUGUUUUGGUUGUCCCGUGUCCACAUUUGAAGAUGUUGUCCGAGCAUGUGAAAGAAGCCCAUAAUUGCCCUGAGGGAGGAAGACUGCCAACUCCAGCUCCACUAUUCAUGCGAACACACACAUCUCUCCAAUUGGCUUGUUCCAGGUUAUCCCAAUCAUCCAUGAGAAAGACUAUCUGUUCAGAUCUAGUUGCACACGGGUGCUUCUCCAAUGGCAAGAGUCCAAUUACAUUUCGCCUUUCGAACUUGGUAGGAAACUCUAAAGGACUUCCUAUUGACUGAAUGUACAAUAUCAGCAAUCUCCUAUUUAUGCCUGUAAGAAAAGCGGUCGCAUCUUCACACUGUUUUGUUCCUGUCAUUUGAUUGCAGGAAAUGCACUUUUACUGUAUGUGAAAGAGAAGAGGGGGGUGGGAUGUAAGACUGGAAAAGCAGCAUCAACAACAACAAACCCCAGAGGAGGGAUAAGUUGAGAAAAGAGACCAAACUUAACCUAGUUUUCUAAUGUUAAAGAAGUGUACACGUUGAAACAUCCGACGGCGAAGACAGACUUCAUAAGGGAACCUGGUGGUAUUAGUGGGUGUUUUUGUAAAUCUCAUCGCGGGAAUCUGAUCCCCCCCCAGGGCACCUGGACACACGGAUUCAGAAAAGUGCGACUCUCCUUGCCGGCUCUCUUUGGAGAUGGUGAGGUGAAAGCUAAUGCCACCUUUGACCCUUAUUUACUCAUGCACACACACACCCACAACCGAUGCGGAAAAAGUUCAAAGGAGACAUUUGAGAGUGGCCAAGGGAAGGUGAGAUGGAGGAGAGAGGGAGGAGGAGGGAAGGAGAGAAGGGGAGAAGGAGAGGAGGAGGGAAGGAGAGAAGGAGAGGAGGAGGGAAGGAGAGAAGGAGGGAAGGAGAGAAGGAGGGAAGGAGGGAGGAAGGAGGAGAGAGGGAGGAGGAGGGAAGGAGAGAGGGAAGGAGGGAGGAAGGAGAGAAGGAGAAGGAGAGAAGAAGGCAAAAAAGAAAGAAGAGAAAGAAGGUUGUAAGUGCCUUCAGAAAGUAUUCACACCCCUUGACUUUUUCCUCACUUUGUUGUGUUACAAAGUGGGAUUAAAAUGGAUUUAAUUGUCAUUUUUGGUCAACGAUCAACACAAAAUACUCUGUAAUGUGGAAAAAAAUGUGAAUAUUUAUUACAAAGUUAUGAAAAAUAAAAUACUAAUAUAUCUUGAUUAGCUAAGUAUUCACCGCCCCAUAGACAAUACAUGUUAGAAACACAUUUGGAAGAGGUUACAGCUGUGAGUCUGUAGGUGAGUCUCUAAGAGCUUUACACACCUGGAUUGUACAAUAUUUGCCCAUUAUUCUUGGUAACAUUCUUCAAGCUCUGUCAAGUUGGUUGCUGAUCAUUGUUAGAAAGCCAUUUUCAAGUCUUGCCAUAGAUUUUCAAUCCGAUUUAAGUCAAAACUGUAACUAGGCCCCUCAGGAAUAUUCAAUGUCGUCUUGGUAAGCAACUCCAGUGUAUAUCUGGCCAUGUGUUUUAGGUUAUUGUCCUGCUGAAUGGUGAAUGUGUCUCCCAGUGUCUGUUGGAAAGUAGACUGUACCAGGUUUUCCUCUAGGAUUUUGCCUGUGCUUAGCUGUACUCUGUUUAUUUUUGUCCUAAAAAACUCCAGAGUCCUUGCUGAUGACAAACAUACCCAUACAAUGAUGCAGCCACCAUAAAGUUGUUGAUCUAUCCUCAGUUUUCUCAUAUCACAACAAUUAAACUCUGUAACUGUUUUAAAGUCACCAUUGGCCUCAUGGUAAAAUCCCUGAGCAGUUUUCUUCCUCUCUUGCAACUGAGUUAGGAAGGACACCUGCAUCUUUGUAGUGACUGGGUGUAUUGAUGCAUCAUCCAAAACCUAAUGAAUAACUUCACCAUGCUCAAAGGGAUAUUAAACAUCUGCUUUAUUUUGUAUUAUUUUUUACACAUCUACCAAUCAGUGGCCUUCUUUGAGAGACAUUGGAAAACCUCCCUGGUUUUUGUGGUUUAAUCUGUGCUUGAAAUUCACUACUCAAUUGAGGUACCUUACAGAUAUGUGGGGUACAGAGGUUGGGUAGUCAUUAAAAAAUAAUGUUAACCACUAUUAUUGAACACUGAAUGAGUCCAUGCAAUUUAUGUGAUUUGUAAAACACAUUUUUAUUCCUGAACUUAUUUAUGCUUGUCAUAACAAAGGGGUUGAAUACUUAUUGACUCAAGACAUUUCAGCUUUUCAUCUUUUAUGAUUUUUUUUUUCUACAAACAAAAUUCCACUUUUACAUUAUGGGGUAUUGUGUGUAGAUCAGUGACACAAAAUCUUAAUUUGAUCCAUUUUAAAUUCAGGCUGUAACACAACAAAAUGUGGAAAAAGUCAAGGGAUGUGAAUAUUUUCUGAAGGCACUGUAUGUACAUACAUCAAGAAAGAGAGAGACCCUGGGAGAGAAAGAGAGAUCCUGGGCUCUCCAUUCCUGAGGGAAAACAUUGACUGGAUGAUAAGAUAGACAUCCAGGCCACAGACCUUUGGUCUGGCCUGUCAUCUUUGACUAUGAUCAUACUUAAAAUGAGAGAAAAGCCAAAGGUUUGCACUGCGCAUAUCUCAUCUCAUACUACAUGGAACUAAUAAAGAUGUAUUUGUUUUUUUACUGA